GAUGCUUUAUGAUUAAAUCAAAAAAUCCCAACUAUAAGAAGAGGAUCUUCCGGAAUCAAUCAGACCCCUAAGAGAAAGGCUGGAAGGACCCAAAGCGAUUUGUGUGAGAGGGAGAGCUCUUAUCUCCCAAAAUCUCGGAAUAGUGGCAGAUCCCGGCUCCGUGGAUCCAGGAGAAACAGCCCGCAGAGGGAGCCAGCCCGGGAGAGCGGCCUCCUAACGCCAGCCAGGAAGCCAACCAGCUGCCGCUCUGCCUCUUGGCUCUUUUUAGGAAAGACUUUGACUUUUCCGAAUUUCCUCUUCAACUUACUGACCGCUGGGCCAACGUUGGUUCAGGUUAGUCCUGCCCCUUUUCGGUUCUGCUCCCAUUGGCGCACCUACGAGGGGGGCAGCCGCUCUCCGAGCCCUGCUCUCUCCCGGGCCCUUCGUGCAUGGUAUGUGACAUGUCCACCAAAGUGCCCAUCUACCUGAAGCGGGGCAGCCGCAAAGGGAAGAAGGAGAAGCUGCGGGACCUGCUGUCGUCAGACAUGAUCAGCCCGCCGCUGGGUGACUUCCGUCACACCAUCCACAUCGGCAGUGGUGGCGAGGGGGACAUGUUUGGCGACAUCUCCUUCCUGCAGGGCAAGUUCCACCUGCUACCUGGCACGGUGGGUGAGGGGCCUGAGGAGGAGGAGGAUGGCACCUUCAAUAUCCCCUUCCAGUUUGCCCGAACCACCACAGUCUAUGGGCGAGAGCCCCUGGGGUUCUCCGAUGGGCAUUCCCCUCUGCUCAAGAAUGCCAUCUCCCUCCCAGUCAUCGGUGGCCCCCAGGCCCUCACCUUGCCCUCUACCCAAGCCCCCCCGAAGCCGCCCCGCCUGCACCUGGAGCCUUCAUUGCCGGCCCCUCAGGAGAACGAGGACUCGGAAGCCUGGAGGACUCAGGAGACAGACUCUCCCCAGAACGGCUUCGUGUCUGAGCAAGAAAGCGAGGAACCAUUCCUGUCCCAAGCCAGCUCCCUCCUUUCCCUCCACGUGGACCUGGGACCUUCCAUACUAGACGACGUCCUGCAGAUCAUGGACCAGCACCAAGACCUAGACAGAGUAGAGAUCCCCACAUAAGCCCCUGGGAGCGGGGCAGGACGGCAUGGUGGCACUCGGCUUGUGGUGACCUGGGGAGGGGGCGGCAAAAUACGGUCGGGGAUGCCUUCAUUUGUUAACCCAAGCCUUCGUUUUUAUGAUGGUAGGGCAGAUCAUGUCUCACUCUUGUGCCUCAGUUUCCCCCUGCUUUGUCCCAUGGAAAGAAUGACGUUUUGAGAGACUUAGAAGAAAAGCACUUUGCACUCCUUGGGCCAAAAAGGGGCCAGGAAGCAGCCCCUUCCGGCCGAGGCCGGCCCAGCUCUCUUGUCAGAUAGCCGGGCGGACGGGAGCCAGUUCUUCCUUCCCCUCAGAUAGAAUGUGGGUGUCGGGUGCCAAAGGUUCGAGAAAGGACUGAAGGAAUCCGCCCAGCCCCGGCCAGGGCGGGUAGCUGUAUUCUAGACCCUGCAGGCAGUCCGGUUCUGUGUGAGCCCCUUCACCCCCCUCCCCCACUUACAGCGAGCUGUGAUUGCAAUAAACUAUGCUGGAUUGGCAACAGCCUCCUCCGCCUUCA